AUGCCGAAAAUAAAGAACAAAGUCGUUCGAGUUAAAACAAGCAGUGUUGAGCACAGCUCGAAGAAUAUUCAUCUCGAAUUCGUGGCAUACACAAUAAAAGUUGAUAGCCCCUGCAAAGUGGAAGAUGUGAAAUUGGAUUUCAAAUCCGGACGUGAAAACAGUGAAAGUAGUGAAAAAGAAGUGGAAUUAUGGAAGUGGAAUCCGAUGUUAGCGAUAAUACAUUCGCGACAACAAACCCUAAUGUCAUCUGCAAUUAGGAAACUAAAACAAUAUCACAAAUAUAAGGGAGUACAUUUAUGUUGGCUAAUCCGGUACAAACCAGUUUUCAUAGUUUCUCUACGUGAGCCGGUUGUUAUGCUAUACUGCCUGCUGUUUUCUACCACCGUAGCAGCAUCGGAAGUGCGCGGGAAUACUUCUUGUUUUGAUGGGAAAAUAUCCAGUGAUGGUAGUGUCAGGACCGCUAAACUCACAAUCUACCAUUGUUCGAGCAGCGUGAUUGCCCGUCAGCUGGAUGUCAUCUGUACUCAACUGACGAUUUUUACUGAUCAGGUGUUCAUCAUCAGGAGAGUGAUUGAAAUCUGGCAGCGGUGUUCAAGGUCAAUGCAAAUAGUCUUUCUGGACUUUGAAUCCGCUUUCGACUCUCUUCAUCGACGCCGUCUUUUCAACGGACUUCACGCAAGUGAAGUACCAGGAACGUUCGUUCGCCUACUUGAUGACAUAAAUCAACGAACAACUGCUGCACUUCGGAUACAGCCCUGUUGUGACACGCAUCUGUGCAACACACUCUCAUUCUUCCAUCUAAACAGGACUCGCAGCUAUGCAAAACAAUAUAUUGGCCAUUUCGUUAUACUUAUAAUCGUAAUUGCUAAACUGCUAAUACUCUUAAUUAUUAACUGUGGCCCUCCAGAUCCUUUUGAUAAGAAUCCAAGAUUUGAAGAACGAAUACAUUUAGACCUCACUCAGUUCUCGAUUCAACCGAAACUGAAUGCAAACGAAACAAACUAUGUGAUCGAACAGAUUUCCAGAGGAACAUCGGAGCCAACAUCUGCAUCACUGGAAAACCUUGCCGUUAAUGCAGUGCUUACUUACUCCACCACCGAUCGCAUGACAUACCGAGAAGCAAAAGAUCAAGCAAAACUGACGGAUAUCAACUGCUCUUCUCCUCUGGGAGAAAUUCUCAACUCGGUCAUCCGUCUCGGUCCCUGUGAAAUUAACUGGGACUACGAUGUGGUGGGCGUAAUCCUUGCAGCUGCAUAUAAAACGCUCAUGGAAGAACCAACUGUGCUUGAGCUAUCGGCCCCAAUUACAAUCUAUGGAGACAUACACGGUCAAUACAGUGAUGUCUGGCGAUGGUUUCACGCAAAUGGUUGGCCUCCAGACACUCGAUGUCUUUUUCUCGGAGAUUACGUCGACAGAGGACGACAUAGCACAGAGGUAUUGAUGUUCCUGCUACUUCUAAAAAUAGUCCUGCCGAAAUCCGUGUACCUCAUUCGCGGAAACCAUGAAGACCCACCCGUCAAUAAAGCCUAUAAUUUCCAAAGUGAAGUGAGAACGCGAUUCUCUAGACGUUUAUUCAAAAAGUUAUACAGGAAAAUAGGAAAAGUUUUCAGUGCUAUGCCGAUCGCUUGCGUAAUUAAUCAACAGAUAAUGUGUUUUCAUGGUGGAUUAUCCCCACGUAUUAAUACUAUCGCCGAGAUCGCAGCUUUACGAAAACCAAUAGUAACUAACAAACGGAUCGAUCUACAUAUCGACAUUAUGUGGUCUGAUCCACAUGUCGACGUCUGGGGUUUUGGACCGAACACUUUUCGUGAUGCCGCUGGAGUCGGAGUUGGAUAUGUGUUUGGACCAAUCCAGAUAAGAAAGUUUGUAAAGAGAAACAAGCUAUCGCUUAUCGUUCGUGGACAUCAACCACCAAUGAGUGGUUAUGAGCGUAUAGGGAAGCACUUGUUGACGAUAUUUUCUACAGCAGGAUAUCGAGUUAAGGACGACAUUGGAAACAUGAGCGCUUCAUUGGUUAUCGGCGAAGAUGGCGAAAUGAACAUCGUACGUAUACAAAUUGGCGAACCGUUGAAAUUGAAACGACAGCGGUACAAAAUGGAAAAGGGAGACAGAUAUCGGGACUGCGGAAAGCCAAAACAGAAGCACUCUUCAACAGGCGAUGAAUACAGUUGA